AUGAAGUGGCGCUGCUGGGGCCCUGGGCUGGCGCUGCUGUGCGCACUGGCAGAGGGCCUGGUAGCGGGAGCAUCCCACGAGCAGCAGCAGCAGCAGCAGCAGCAGCAGCAGCAGCAGCAGGAGGGCGCGCAUGCAGCGGGAGUGGCAGCAACGCCUGCUGCUGCUGCUGUGCUGACAGCCGUCAGCAGCAGUGCGGAGCCGCUGCAGCUCGCAGGAAAUGGAGAAGUCCUUUCUUCCGUCACGAAGCAGCAGCACGUCCGGCCCUACAGCGGCGCUGUGCCGCUUUGCAGAAACUGCUUCGGGAAAGACGGGCAAAACUGCAAAGUUUGUCUCCACGGGGAACACGAGUCGAGCUUCCUGAUGCCCAUGACGAGGGCGCGGGAAAGCGCGGAAGAUGAGACUUUUGCAGCUUUGGAAACGAACCACAACGCAGUGAAAAACUUAAAUACAACCUUUUACAUGAAAAGGGGAGAAGGUCCUUUUGGAUCUCUUGGAAACAAACCCACUGACACGAAAGCCGGCGGCGCGGGCGCCACGAGCUUUUUGCAAAACAAAGCAGCAGCAGAUACACUCGAUCUCGAACUGGGACUUGCUCAGACUUCUGUGCCCAUCAUGCAAAUGAAAGACAGCCAGUACUGCGGAAUGCUGGGCAUUGGGACUCCGCCGCAGUGGGUCCACCCGAUCUUCGACACGGGCAGCACGAACUUGUGGGUCGUUGGCUCCAAGUGCGAAGACGACACUUGCACGAAAGUGAAGAGAUUUGACCCCGAGAAGUCCUCGAGCUUUCAAUACACUUCGCCGCCAGUGCACUUGGACAUCACUUUCGGCACGGGGCGCAUCGAGGGCUCCACGGGGGUGGACAACUUCCAAGUGGGGCCGUUCACAGUCAAGGGCCAAACUUUCGGACUUGUUGAAAAGGAAGGAGGCCACAACCAACACGGAAACAUCUUCAAGUCCAUCAACUUUGAAGGCAUUGUGGGCAUGGGCUUUCCAGACAUGUCCAGCACCGGCGCCACGCCCAUCUACGACAACAUCAUGAAGCAGGCCGAUCUAAAGCGAAGCGAGUUCGCCUUUUACGUAGCAAAGGACUCACCAGUGUCUGCUUUAUUUUUCGGGGGCGUGGACCCGCGAUUCUACGAAUCCCCUAUUCACAUGUUUCCCGUGGAGCGCGAGCACUACUGGGAAGUGGCAUUAGAUGCAAUUUACGUUGGAGACAAGAAGUUCUGCUGUGAAGAGGGCACGAAAAAUUACGUCAUUGUGGACUCGGGAACGAGCUUCAACACCAUGCCGGGAAACGAAAUGCGCAGCUUUCUGGAAAUGAUACCCUCACAGGAGUGCGGAGACGACGACUCGUUCCUGAGCAGUUACCCCGACAUAACUUACGUCAUAGGCGGCGUGAGCUUCGUCUUGAAACCCGAAGACUACCUCGUGCGCAGCAAAACCAACUUGUGCAAGCCGGCCUACAUGCAAAUCGACGUUCCCUCGGACUUCGGCCACGCCUACAUUUUGGGCUCUUUGGGGUUCAUGCGGCACUUCUACACUGUCUUCAGACGCUCCGACGGAACCACCCCCUCCCUGGUGGGCAUUGCGCGCGCCGUGCACAGCCCGGAAAACCGGCAGUUUCUGCAGCAAGUGGUGAACUCUUAUCCCUCGGGGUCAUUCAAGACUGAGGACAUUUUGGCAUUCGAGAGAGGCAGCAACAGGCUGCGGCCCGAGCUGCUGCAGGAGGACUCAGCGCUGCGGGCGCAGCACACGACUAAGCUCUGA